UGUGUCAAAUUACUGUUUCGGUGCCUAUAAUCUUGCAAUCUGCCUACUAGUUGUUGCUCCUGAAUGCCACUGGUGUGGUACCUGGAAAGGUGAUAAAAUAUGUAGUAGCAGCAAGAAAGCAAGGUACUGUUCUGAGAAACAUCAGGCACUGCAUUGGCGUACUGGUCAUAAAAAUGAUUGCCUCCAGAUAAUAAGUUCUGCUGCUUCAAAUUUAGUUCUGCCAGCUGUAGGAAUAGGGUUUGUCCGCUGGUUUGCUAAGGCAAGCAACGUACAUAGACUGCUCGUCUUGGAUCCUUCAGAAAUGAAAUUGAGGGUAUCCAUGGAGAUGCAUGUAGCUGAACUCAGUCAAGUUUCUAUCCAUUAUGUGUGUGUGCACGCUUAUUUGGCAUCGUGUUCUUCCUUUUCAUGGGGAAUCAUAAAAGCAUAUGGAGGAACUAUGUAUAGGCUACAAAGAAGCAUAAGAAGCAUUUUUAUAGCAGAAGCCAAGUGUUCUGAUGAUUUUGUUUUUUCAAUUGUGUUUUCUGUUAUUGGUUCAGCAUGCGCAUAUAUUGACAUGAUUUAUGGCAUGGCAUCUGUCAUCUUUGUUAUAUUUAUGACAUCAUUCUUGAUUGAUGUGUGCGACAUGAAUGAUGGAUCUUUUUAACAUCCUCACCAUCAUUGUGUCGCUCAUUAUCGUGUUUUGUAUAUCAUUUAUGGGUUCACGGAUAUGAAAUGACAGGUUUCUUAUUUUUGAGAUC